UCUACUUUUGGUAACCCUAACGAAGACGCAGCUCCAACUCCGAGCAGGCAAAAACCAGAGCGAGACAGAGAGACCUUUUGCGAGAGAAGCCCCCCGAAAACAUGGCAGCAACCGGUGGUUCCAGCGCGUCAGCUACCCGGUACGACGUGUUCUUGAGUUUCAGAGGGCCCGACACUCGCAACACCUUCACCGACUGUCUCUACCGGACCAUGUUCGGCCAGGGGAUUGUCGCCUACAGAGACAGUGAAGAGCUUCACGCUGGUGAUCGGAUCGACGAUCUCCUGAGUGCGGUCGGCGAAUCCAAGAUCUGCAUACCGGUCCUCUCCAGAGGCUAUGCUUCGAGCGCUUGGUGCCUCCGCGAGCUCGCUCGAGUGACGGAGCUCCAUGAAUCGACUGGGAAGCCAGAGAUCCUACCCAUCUUCUUUGAUGUCACGCCCAUCGAUGUCAAGCUCAGGACGGAACUGUACCUGAAGGACUUGGAGAAGCAUGAGCAGAAGCACGGUGCUGAGAUCAGGCAACGGUGGGAGGCGGCUCUGGGAAAAGUGGCUGAGAUCAAGGGAUGGGAAGUCCAAGGGAAAGCACAAGGUGAAGUCAUUGAACGCGUUGUGAAAGAGAUUUUGCGUAAGCUAAAAGUAAAGCAAAGAUCUCUGGACAACAAAUUGGUUGGGGUAGAAAAACAAGUAGAAGCCAUAAUGGAGUUGUUAGAUGUUGACUCUGGCACGGGUGUGCGUUUUGUUGGAAUCCAUGGAAUGGGCGGGAUCGGUAAAACCACUCUUGCUAAGAAUGUUUUCAAUGAAUUAUGUCUUCAGUUUGAUGGCCAAUGCAGCUUCAUUGGGAACAUCCGAGAAUCAUCAAAAGGAAAUGGCCUAGUAAAUCUGCAGAAACAGUUGGCAUCUGACAUCUCUGAUUCUAGAUUUGUAGAAAAUUUUGGUAACACUGAUGAAGGGAUAGAUAGCAUAACAAGGAGAGCUAGUUCUAAGAAAGUUCUCAUUGUUCUAGACGAUGUAGACAAGAAAGAACAACUUAAGAAACUAGCUGGGCACCCUAACACUUUUGUUCUGGGAGUAGGAUUAUCAUUACAACAAGAGACAAACGAAUUUUGGAUGAAGAGAAGGGAAUAUUAGCUUAUGAAGUGAAGGAAAUGGAUCGUGAUAAAGCGCUAGAACUUUUCAGUUUGCAUGCAUUUAAAGGGGUCUCUCCUCCCAAUACUUAUCGAAGUCUCUCUCAAGAAGUUGUAUUUAUGACCGGGGGACUCCCAUUGGCUCUUGAAGUCAUAGGUUCCUAUCUUCAUGACCAAAAAGUGGAAAUAUGGAAAGAAAUGCUGGAAAUGUUGAAGAAUGUACCUCAUGAUGAAGUCCGGGAUAAGUUGAAGAUAAGUUAUAAUGCAUUAGGAGAUGAGGAAAAAGAAGUUUUCUUGAUAUCGCAUGCUUCUUCAUAUAUGAAAAUAAAUUAUGGGCAGCCUAUUUUUGGGAUGCUUGCCAUCUUUACCCCCAUAAGUCAUUGAAAAAACUUACUGAUUUGUGUCUAAUUAAAAUUGUUGAUGGUGAUACUAUAUGGAUGCAUGAUCAAUUGAGAGAUCUUGGAAGAGACAUUGUUAAAAAAGAAUGUGCCCCUAGUAGGUUGUGGAAUGACAGAGAAGCUUUGGAAGUAAUGAGAUCGAAAGAGAGAAAGGACAAAGUUAAAGCACUCAAUUUAGGUCAAUAUAAUUCGGAUCCCAUCAGCAUUGUGGAUGAAGAACUUGAGAGGAUGCCAAAUCUAAAAUUUCUCAAGUUAUAUAAUGGGACUUUUGCCGGAGACAUCAACAAUUAUCUCCAAGAGCUAAGAUGGCUUUCUUGGCGCUCUCCUCCUUUAGAUUGUAGAAUGGCCAAUUUGCACUUGAAAAAUCUAGCACUUUUUGAACUUUCAUAUAAUAUGAACACCAAAAACUGGGGCGGAUGGAACAUUUUGAAGAUGGAAAACAAAUUGAAAGUUCUUUCUCUUAGGUAUUGUAAUGGUUUGAAGCAGACUCCAGACUUUUCUGGAUGCAUGAGUUUGGAGAUACUAUCUCUUGAUCACGGUCAAUCCUUGCAAGAAGUUGACUCCUCUAUUGGGAAACUAAAAGAUCUUACUCACUUGCAAAUUCAUUGGUGUUAUUUACUACAAAAUUUGCCUAAACAGAUUGGAGGACUGGUGAAUCUAAAGCACUUUUCUAUCCUGGGAUGUCACAAAAUCAAGAAACUUCCAGACAUCGGGAAACUAAUAUUAUUGUCUAAGUUGGAGAUAUCACAAACAAAACUUACAAGUUUACCUGAUUCUAUUGGUAAUGCAAAGAACCUAUCAUCCCUUGAUCUAUCAUACACGUUAAUCAAGAAACUUCCGAUUUCUAUUGGAGAGCUUACACAACUCAAGUUCCUUUCACUCUCUAAUUGUCAAAAAUUUGUGGAGCUUUCGGAAUCAAUAGGUAAUUUGACAACAUUACAGAAUUUGGAUCUCUCAAGAACAAAACUUGUUGAGUUACCUAAUUCGAUAAAAAAUCUCAAGCACUUGAAGGUAAUGGAGAUGGAAAGUUGUCCAAUACAGAGGUUGCCUAUCGGUAUUGGCAUGCUAGAGAGGUUGGAGGAGCUCAAUGUCCGAUAUUGUCAACAACUUGCAGGUGAACUCCCAACUGAAAUUGGCAAACUGUUGUCUCUAAGUAUCCUAGACAUAUCACAUAUCUGUGUUUGUGCAGGACCAAUGGAAAUCAAUUCUCUCACGCGACUCCAAAAGCUGGAUUUAUCAUUUUGUGAUGAGCUUCAAGAGUUGCCAAAACUUCCCUCGAGUUUGAAUUGUCUAUCUAUUCAAUCGGCAUCAUUGCGAUUAGUUCCGGAUCUCAGUAACCUCACAAAUCUAAUGAAUUUGAAACUGUCCAACAAAUUUGGGCAGGCACUUGCUGAGGCAUCAACUCUUCAAUUGCAAUGGGUUGGGAAGUUAUCCAAAUUGGAGGAAUUGGAGUUGUGCCUUUCAGAUCUUCCCGUGCCAUCAAAGGAGUUGGGUUGCUUACCUCAACUUAAAAAACUUACCUUACCUCGCAUGGAUAGUUUCGACUUGGUAGUUGUUGGACCACAAUUUUUGCACUUGAAAAAUUUGUCCACCUUGCAUCUUUGUUGCUGUCCGCUAAGGGAAAUUCAACUCAAUGGGCUUGAACUAUUGGGAGAUUUGGUUGUGAAAUAUUGCGAGUUUUUGGAGGGAUUGUCAGUUAUUUCAUCGAGCUUGAGGAAGCUCUCUAGAAUGGGAGUUAAAAAUUGCCCAAAGCUACUUCAAAUUCGAUUUCUCAAUACGAUGGAAUCACUGGAGAGACUUAGAGUUAGAGACUGUGAAUCCCUAGGAGGGUUGUAUGGUUUAUCAAAUUUGAAGAAGUUGAAGACUUUAAUGUUCAGCAUGUGCCCUGUGCUACGAGUUAUUGAGGGCCUUGAAGAAUUGGAGCUUUUGCGGUGGUUGUAUUUCUUCACGUGUCCAUCGUUGAAAGUGUUGACUAAUCUAUCCAACUCAAAGAUACCAAAUGAAUGCAAGAUAGAUGUAAAAAACUGUGAGAAGUUACCAGCUUCCGAUUUUUGCCAUUACGGGGAUUAUAGAGAGAAGAUUCUUGACUGGACGAGGAGGGGAUUAAGCCAAGAGGGUGCGGCGCGGUUCUUCGAACGUGGCCAACCGCUCAUCGUACAGGAAGAUGCAAGGGAAACAGAUGCAGAAGAAUCAACGAUGGAGACCAAUAACUACUAUUCUCAGAACUUGCCAUUGACUAUAGGUUUUCUAUGGUCUCCAGAACCCGACACUGAGCUCGAUUCUACAAGCUUGAAUAAUUCCCAAGUUCCUCCACGAACCACAUCUUCAGAUGCUUCCAGAAGUUCAUGCUCAAUUCUAUAAGCAAAAUGCGACUGAUUCUAGCAAUGGAGAGAUGAAUGAAUUCACAAUGUGAUCGAGUUUGGGAAUCUGUGAAAUUGCCAGAAGUAUUGGAGUUUGCUCUAAGGACAUGUUCCCCCUCUCCCAGGUCCAUCACAAGAGAAACUUUAUGUGGAUUUGUUCGAGGUAAUUAAUUCCAUUUUAUGAAAACCCGUUUGGGUGCCACAUCGAUUUCCGAUACAUAUGAUACUUUUCUCAAAGGUGCGCAAUAUCGGACCAGGUCAAGCUCUAGGUAUUGGUACGUUCUUCUAAUUAUUUGUGCCUUAGGUCCCUCUUUUUUUUCAUGCCCUGAGAAGUCAUUUUUAAGCAGUUAAAGAAGAGGAUGACUUAAUUCUCCAGAUAACCCAAUAUUUUGGAGUCAGUUGCGGUGAUUGUUAUCAAUUUUUUGGUCAUAUACAGCAAGGCACUGUAUCUUUAUCCAUUUUUGGUAGAUUAAUGGUUCUAUCAAAGUUGCUCAAAUACUAAAG